GGAUUCUAGGACCGCAUAUCGCCAUCUAUUGGAUGAAGCAUACUCAUGAUAUUUUAAAACACAUUUGUUUCAGUGAAAAUUGCUUUGUUUUGGUUUGAUUAAGUCUUGAUUGUGAAGUUUUUACGAAUAUGCCAACAUUGUGAUCAGAACUUUAGACAUUUGGAAACUUCUGUCCUUCAAUUGGAGCUGAUAUAUCUAGCUUUAUCAGCCUUGUGCUGUUAUGAAACAGAAUUAAUAGCCAUUUUUAACUGUAGAUUGAAAAUGAAUCAAAGUUUGGUGUUGCGAUUAUUCAAUCCAUUACUUAUUUCAAGCCGAGGAUGUUUCCAGAGGCGAACCAGAGGUAGAAAAAUACCUGUUCGGAAGCCAAUUUACUUCCCAAUGGCUCCAUCCAAGCUGUAUGUCAUCAAAGAUAAACCUUAUUUUGCUGAAGAUGAAAAGGAACAAUAUGAUGCCUUGGAAAAAAAUCAUGAGGAUGCUGCAAGAUCUUUGCAAGCAUUUCUUUAUCAAGAAGUUUAUUUACCUACAACUACUGCUGGCGGGUUUAGCUCUGAAGAGGUUGCCAAGGAAUUGCAAGAGCAAGAAAGACUGUUAGCUGAAAAUGAUGCUGAAAAUGAGCGUCAAAAAAAGCGACGUGAAGAAAAAACGGCCUGGAUAGAAGCGCAAAUUGAAAAAGAAGCAAUGGAGAAGGAAGCUGAAAGACUGGCUGCAAUCGAGGUGGAAAAGUACAUAGUGACAGAAGAGGUCAAGAUUGAAAUCGAACGAAGCAGUACGUUUAUUACAAAGGAAAAUUUGGAAAAAUUCAUUCUCAAAGCAUUGGAUUGCCCAGUUUCUUAUGAAUAUGCCAUAGAUUUGGAAGGAAGAGUACUUUUUGACGAUAAACUUCACCCAUAUGCCCUUAAUCCAAGUGCUGUUCCGGAAACUAGUGAUUUAGAGUUGGAAAAAUUCGCCACCAAAGACAAGAGAAUCAGAAUAGAUGAGAAAGUUGUUUAUAAAUAAUAUAUAAUAGUUUGCUUAUAAAAUUAAUGUUAGAAUUUACGCAUUUUGAAAAUUUUA